GCUUCGCAUACAGAGAACGAAGCCAGCAUCAACGAAUAGCGUUGCAGCGGCAGCAGCGACUGCCAAUCGUAUUUGUGAAUUCGAGGGAAUUGGAAGUGAAUUUAACGGGCGCUCAUAGUAGCUUUGCUUUGCGCGCUAUCUGAAAGCGUCAGUCAGAAUAUAACGGUACGCGACUUCGGUACUUAUAAUUUUAAUGUAUCAGCGGAAGUCGGAAGUUGUAAAAACAAAAUUAUGAAAGAAUGUAGUGACAGUGGGGUAGAGCGAGAAAACUUAAUUAACUAAAAGCCGUAAUUUGCUGCCUGUGUUUGUGUUAAAGAGACACAGUGAUUUUAAUUGAGAGAAUUGCGAUACAAAAUUAUGUAGUGAAAAACAGGCUUAAGUGGUGUGGAAUUCAAUUAAAAACAUACGCAGACAGGUAGUAUUAUUAAACUAAGAAAUACAUUAAUAAUUAAUGUAUAUGGAGUAGAACAGCUGCAAGAGUGAGCCGUGGCAGCUAAUAAAAAAAAAUAAUAAAAAUAAUUAAUUCAUGUGAAAUUCAAAAAAAUUUUAUACAUACAUACAUGCAUGUACAUAUGUACAUAUUUGAAUAAAAAGGCGCAUAAAGUUUGACAUUCAGAAAACAACAGUUACGUCGACUUUGUGAUGACAACAACAACAACAACAGCAGCAACAAGCACGAGUGUACAAUUAUUUUGAUGAAAUUAUUUUGCAAGAUAUGUUUUUUUGGUUUUGUUGUUGCUUUUGCCAAAAACGAUAAAAGUCAUUCAUUCAACGUUGUUUUUGUGCUCACUUUUUAUUGCCGUUCUGAUUAUUUCGUUGUUGGUGUGCUUUUUUGUUAUUGAAUGAAUAUUUCCGGGUUUAAUGACACAUCUGCUGAAUUUAUAAAAUUAAGUAUAUGCAUGUAUUUGGCAUAUACAUACACACAAACAUACAUAUGUGCAAAUAUUUUUUAUUUCUUUUAAAUUAUUAAGCGUUUAUUUUAAUUGUGUGUUCUCUUUCUCGUCUGAUGCUGGCAUUGCAGAUGCUAUAAGUAAGCUUGAAAAAUAACAGUAAUUAAAACAAAUAACAAUUCAUCACAAACAACAAAUACCAAUACAUAAUUAUGCUAAAAUAUAUAUUUCUGUGUGUAUAUAAAAAUAUAUAAAACGCGCAUACAAAACUCACAAACUGAAAAACAGUUGCCACAACAACACAUUGCGGAAUAAUUUAUAAAUGUAUAAAUUAUUAAAUAUAAUGUGCAUUAUGUGCAUAGUUUCAAUAUGAAAUUUCAUUAUUAAAGGCUUUGCAAUCGGCGGAAAAAGUGACAGUGAUUGUGUGACAAGUGACGUAAUCGUACGCCAACAUUAAUAAACACAAAAAUAUUUCCCUUUUCACUUGUAAUUGAGAACAAAGCGCUUUAUUCAAACAAACAAAAAAAAAAUUGUGAAAAAACGCAGUUAUUUUAAAAGGCAGACACAUUUAGCGCGAAAAAAACUGCGAAAAAAUCUCAGUAAAAUAUAACAGGUAUGUGAACGAUGGAACGGAGUUGAAAAUCAAUUUAAAAAGUAUUGCCCACCAUGUUGCCACAGCAAUAUUGCCUGCGAUGGAAAUACCAUCAUAGUAAUCUACAGACAAUGUUCUCACAACUGCUGGAUCGCGGCUGCUUCUGCGAUGUGACGCUCGCCUGUGAGGGCCAACUGAUACGCGCACACCGCGUGGUCCUCUGCGCUUGCAGCAGCUUCUUCGACACAGUGCUCACCAAUUAUGCCAGUGAACGCGAUCCGAUUAUCAUAAUGAAGGACGUCACAUUCGCCGACGUCAAGUGUCUAAUUGAAUUUAUGUAUAAAGGCGAAAUCAAUGUGGAACACGCAAAUUUGGCCUCACUCUUAAAGACUGCAGAUGAUCUCAAAAUCAAAGGUUUGGCGGAAGUGUCAUUUCGCGAUGAUGAGGACGGACCGCCGCUGCCCACCGCCGCCACUGAGUUUCACUCACCCACACCGACACACGGACAGGAUAUGUACAGUACACGACCGGAGCAACAACGCGUUGGUUCACCCAGUUUCAUGCCACCGCAGCGACUGCCGCGCGAACGCAAGCUCUCCUCGCCGAAAGACCAGGCGCAUGCGCAACAAGGCAUGCCGACUCUAACGCCACUACCGCCAACAAGCAGUGCUUCAAUGGUAGCCGUUGCUGCCGCCGCCGCUGCUGCAGCUGCUGCGGCCUCUGCCGCAUCGCCGGUGGAAAGUUAUUUGGGUCCGAAACGCAAGCGCGGACGUCCGCCACUAGACGACGCCUAUGACGUUUUCAAUGUCCGGAAACUAGCACAGUAUGGCAGCCAUUUGGAUGCGCAUCACCAUCACCAAGCAUACUUGGAGGCGCAGCGUCAGUAUAAUGACGAGCAGCGUCGGCUUGCUGUCAUCUCACCGAUACCGCCGCCCUCGUCGACCUCGGUUGCAGCAGCAGCCGCUUAUCACCAACACAUCCAGCAGCAACAACAUAACAAGCGCAUGCGUCAAUUGCACCGUCAACAGCAACAACAACAACAACACCAACUGCACCAUCAUCAGCUCCAUACCGAAGCGGAUGAGUUGGAACACGAAGACGCACAGGCCGACCCUGAAUGGAUUAACAGUAACUUGGAGGUAAAUGUGGGUGGCGGUGGCGAUAAUGAACCCCCCAUUGAGUGUGACGCAGACACCGAAACAUUGAAGGAACACAAGUUGGAUCAGGCAGACGACAAAGAAGCACAACGCACGGCAAAAAUCGAGGUGCGAAAGCGUAAGGAACGUCAAUCGGAAGAACGUGACAAGUUGCAUGUACGUGAACGCUCGCUAACGCGUAAACGCUCAAGUGCCGAGGAACGCGACGACAACAAUUCAAUUAAUGAUGAACGCAAGCGUGAAGAGCGUGAGUCGCGUGAGCAUUCCGCACAAAAUGAGAUAACUGAUCAAACACAGGAAUGCAAGGGCGGCAAUGUUGACGGAGAGGAGGAAGAAAAGGUCAAAGCUGCUGCUACUGUACCACAACCCGUGGAAGAAAUGGAAAACGUGCGACAAUCUAAGGACAAGCUUAGCAAUGCUGCAGCCAAUACGACAACUUCCGCCACAAGCGGCACACAUAAGCGCGGAAAUAUUACCAGUGAUCCAAGUGCACCGCUACCGUUGCCGCCACCUCCGUCGUUGCACCAUCCCGCACAUCCAUACGGCAAAUAUGCGCCUGAGGGUUAUUUAUUGAACGAACAUGGCAUAUUGAUGACACAUGAUUUUGUGCAUGCGCCGACGGCUCCCAUAACAGCAACAGGUGCAACGGCCAGUUCUUCAAGCGGCGCAAUAGUCGGAGCUGCCGGCGCUGCUAAUGGCAACGAUCAGGAUUAUGUGGACAUAAAGAUGGAAGAGUAUGACGGCACAGAUUUGCGUUUGACCACCGAGGAGAUUUCCGAGUGGCAAGAUGUGAUCAAAAUGGACGAUUACUUGGCUAAAGGACGGCGACCGCAAUUCUGGGAGGAGCCCUUCACACGACGCGUAUUGGAUGCUAUAAAGAACAAAAGAUUGGAAAUGAAGAAAGCUGCGCGUAUAUUGGGUGUCUCUUAUGGCACUUUAUAUGGUAGAUAUCGCGAGGUGUACGGCUGUUUGAAGCACCCUUAUAGCAGCUCCACUUUUCGCCCCACACAAUCAAAUCAGUUAGCAGUACAACCGCGUUUUGACAUGGUCUGGCCUUCGCCUAAACGUGACAGUGGCAUAAUGCCUGGGCAAUUGGAAAUCGGUAAAAUACGUCCAAAGGAUUUGAGUGAACUAUGGACACGACCACAGAUUUGAAAAAAAUCACAACAAAGUAUAUCAAAUUGUAAAUAAAUUUGCUGUUUAUCUUAAUAAGUCCAAAAGUAAAUCCCUAUGAUUAAAAAGUGUU